AUGGCACCCACCCCACCUCACCUACAUCACCCCACCUCAUCCUACAUCUCCCUACUCCACCUCACCCUACAUCACCCCACCUCACACUACAUCCCCCUACCCCACCUCACCCUAAUCCACCUCACCCUACAUCACCCCACCCCACCUCACCAUCACCCCACCUCAUCCUACAUCUCCCUACUCCACCUCACCCUACAUCCCCCUACCCCACCUUACCCUACCCCGCCUCACCCUACAUCACCCUACCUCACCCCACAUCACCCCACCCUACAUCCCCCUACCCCACCUCACCCUACUCCACCUCACCCUACAUCACCCCACCCCACCUCACCCUACUCCACCUCACCCUACAUCACCACACCCCACCUCACCUACAUCACCCCACCUCAUCCUACAUCUCCCUACUUCACCUCACCCUACAUCACCCCACCUCACCCUACUCCACCUCACCCCACCUCACACUACAUCCCCUACCCCACCUCACCCUACAUCACCCCACCCCACGCCACCUACAUCACCCCACCUCACCCUACAUCCCCCUACCCCACCUUACCCUACUCCACCUCACCCUACCUACCCCGCCUCACCCCACAUCACCCCACCCUACAUCCCCCUACCCCACUUCACCCUACAUCACCCCACCCUACAUCCCCCUACCCCUACCCCGCCUCACCGUACAUCACCCCAAUACCCCAACGGACCCCACCCUACCCCACCCCACCCAACAUCACCUCACCAUGCCCUACAUCAUCCCAUCCCCAUAUCCCACCUCCCCUACCCCACCUCACCCUACAUCACCCCACUACCCCAACGGACCCCACCCUACCCCACCCCACCCAACAUCACCUCACCAUAACCUACAUCACGCCACCUCACCAUACCUUACAUCAUCCCAUCAUCCCACCCUAG